CUCAGCACCCAAUACAAACAAACAAACAAAGACCCCUACCCUACCUCCCUCCCCCCCCUUUUAUUCUCUCAUCUUCUCGAUCUCCCUCCACACUCCCAAUUCCACCACUCUCAAUCAGCCGCGCGGGGUGCAGGGCAAGGCCGCACAUAUGGCGCCGGAACCGCCGUCGACGGUGGCGUGGAUGGUCCUGUACUGCUGCUGCUGGUGGGCGGCGAUGAGCGGAUCGGGCGAGGCGACGUGGUGCGUGGCGAGGAGCGAGGCGAGCGACGCGGCCCUCCAGCGAGCCCUGGACUACGCCUGUGGGGCCGGCGCCGACUGCAUCCCGUUGCAAUCGGACGGCCUGUGCUUCCUCCCCAACACCCUCCUCGCCCACGCUUCCUACGCCUUCAACAGCUACUAUCAGCGCCGGGCCAUGGCUCCCGGCUCCUGCGAUUUCUCCGGCACCGCCAACGUCGCUAAAACUGACCCCAGCUACGGCUCUUGCGUGUACCCAUCAUCUUUAAGUACUGCCGGAGGACUAGUGAAUCCGGGAGGAGGAGGAGGAAUAGUGACUCAGGGAGGAGGAGGAGGAACUGCAAGUGGGACACCUACAACUACAAGCCCUACAACAAUCAUUUACCCACCGCCAACGGGAACUACGAUCUCAAAGCCAGGGGACAGGUUUGGAGGAGGCAAUCUUGGCUCGCCGGAUUCCGGCGGGGCUCAAGAUAUGUUAGCAGUGGGGUCUUUUCUAUUCCUUUUGGUGCAUAUUAUGUAAGGCUUCUAGGAUGAGGGGGAAGGGGAAGGUUGAAAUAGUGAAUUGAAGGCUAGGUUAUUACAGUUUUGCUAGAAAUGGAGAAUUUCUUCUGCUCUUUUAGGUUGGAAUGGCCAAACUAAUUUAGGUGUAAAUUUCCAUUUAUGAAGAAGUAUUUGUAGUCUCUCAAGUAUUUCUUUUUACCACUUGUGGAACCAUUGAAACUUGGUUUUUGGUAACCACAAACCAUUGGCUCUUUGUUUUGUCACUGAAUCUUGUAAUUGGAAAUGGUAAAGGAGUCAAGUCAUGUCAAAUCUAGUGAAUGCUGUGAAGAAUAAUGACUUCUCAAGGGCAACUCCAAUGCUUAAAAAAUGGUGUUUGGCUCUUCAAUGAAUUAAAGCUACAACUGUUGU